AGGAAGAAGACGCUGUGACGUCACGGCCCAACAUGGAGGACCUGUACACUAAACCAGGUAACCAGGAGCGGGGUUGGAACGACCCCCCUCAGUUCUCAUACGGCCUUCAGAAGGCCCGCGGGCCUCAGAAGAACCUCCUGAACAAGAGAGCUGCUCCACCAGGUGCAGGAGCCCCACCCAUGACCCCGCCCUCCUCCAAUCCUCUGGCUCCACCUCCAAAUGGUGUUGCUCCGCCCCCUCCACACCCAGCUCGUCCUCCUCUUGGCAGUGUGGCCACGCCCCCUCCCCCUCUGGGACCAAUGAGAAGUCAGAGAGACGCAGAUGGCAGUCAAUCGGAGAGCGAGCCGGACGUAGAGGCCGUGGUGUUGGUGUUGAACCGAGCCCUCCAUGCAUGCAGAAUGGCUGUUAAAGACCAGGUGUGUAGUGAUGUGGCAAAGAGGCUCCGCCUCCUGGAGGACAGUUGGCGGUCAGGUAGACUUAGCCUACCAGUGAGGAGACGCAUGGACACUCUGUCUCUAGAGUUACAGUCUGGUCACUGGGACUCAGCUGAUGAGGUCCAUCGCUCUCUGAUGGUUGAUCAUGUGACCGAAGUCAGCCAAUGGAUGGUCGGUGUCAAACGACUCAUCGCCGAGACCCGAAAACUGAAUCCAGAACUUUUAGAACCACUUCGAAAACCUCCGGGACCAGUCCAGGACCAUGAAGUACCAGUCCAGGACCCUGCAGCACCAGUCCAGGACUAUGAAGUACCAGUCCAGGACCCUACAUUAUUAGUCCAGGACCCUGCAGCACCAGUCCACGACUCUAAAGUACCAGUCCAGGACCCUACAGUACCAGUCAAGGACCCUGCAGCACCAGUCCAGGACCCCGCAGCACCAAUCCAGGACCCUAAAGCACCAGUCCAGGACCCUGCAGUACCAGUCCAGCACUGUUAAUCUACAGGGGUCUACAUGUUUCUACUAUCAGCAAACUUUGACUCUUUAAACCAUAACCAGGAUCUGGGGGUGAUAAACCUCACAUUCAUUCUCACAUCUCAGCAGAGGGUCAAAGGUUAGAACAGCAGGACCAGGUAGGUCCGUGGUUUGUUCUGGUGUCGGGACUCUAGACUCUCCAGACCAGAGGGUUUCAAAUCUAGGCUCCUCUACAGCGAGUGAGAGGGAGAGUUAAACCCCACUCUGGACUCUGGUCUCUGGAUUCUAGACUCUGGACUCUGGUAUCUGGACCCCACAUAGACUGUAGACUUUAGUCUCCGGACCUCACAUACACCAUAGACUCUGGUCUCUCUGGACCCCACAUAGACUGUAGACUCUGGACUCUGAACCCUACAUAGACUGCAGACUCUGGUCUCUGGACCCCACAUAGACCGUAGACUCUGGUCUCUGGACCCCACAUAGACUGUAGACUGUGGUCUCUGGACCCCACAUAGACUGUAUACUCUGGUCUCUGGACCCUACAUAGACUGUAGACUGUGGUCUCUGGACCCCACAUAGACUGUAUACUCUGGUCUCUGGACCCCACAUAGACUGUAGACUCUGGACUCUGAACCCUACAUAGACUGCAGACUCUGGUCUCUGGACCCCACAUAGACUGUAGACUGUGGUCUCUGGACCCCACAUAGACCGUAGACUCUGGUCUCUGGACCCCACAUAGACUCUGGCGACCCCGUCAGUCAUGUGAUGUGAUGGCAUGUGAUGUUUGCACCAAUCGGUAAACUUGCUGCUCAUGAAUAAAUCUCUGUUCUGUCAGAAA